AUGGCGCUCCUGUCCACUCUGCUCGCCUCCCUCCUCCUGGCCACCACCAUCACCGCACACCCCUCUCAGACCCUCAACAAGCGCAGCGUGACCUGCCUCAAAGUCGGCGCCACCGCCACCGCCAGCUGGACCAACAGCGCCGGCCAGACCUGCUCGUACGUCGGCGUGGUCGGCAGCAACUACGGCGAGAACAGCGACGGGGAGGGCGAUUACUCGUGCAACGGCCGCUGCGGGACCGGAUGUACUGGGGUCGCGCUGGGGAACGUCUACACCCAGGAUUGUUUCUCGCAUGACAUGUGCUCCUAUUUCAAUGAUGCCAGUGGGGGUGCCAGCGAUCCCAACUGCGGCGCGGCGUACAAGGCCGCCGAGGAUGAUUACUUGCUGGGUUUGGCGGAUGGUUGUUCCCAGACCAAUCCGACCAACGCCGUGUCCAAGCCCACGGCCAGUCCGGUUUGUACUUGA